AUGGGACUUGGUGGACUCAAGACCUCAUGGCAGAGACAGACCAAAGACUUUUCCCACACGCAGGGAUCCAAAUACUCGUCUCUGAUCGUCGACAAUCGCGGCAUGGGUGAGAGCAGCAAGCCGAUGCAACGCUACUCGACCUCUGAAAUGGCAAAGGAUCUCCUCGAAGUCAUUGAUCACGUCGGCUGGACGGCAGAGAGACAGUUGAACGUUGUCGGUAUCUCGAUGGCACCUCGUCUCGUCAACACAGUCGGCUUUGUGGAAAACCUGCGUAACCGCAUCAACCUGUUCAUCCCUCGCAGCUUGGACGACCAGAUUGCCAACGUCAAGCACAACAUCUACACUCAAGCCUUCCUCGACGCCCCAGACACACUCGAAUACAAAGUCCAGCCUUUCCCGACCAACGGCGACCGCUUUGCUGCACAAGAGGUCGCAAAGCGCAAGAUGCCGCAAUAUUUUAACCGUACAGGCUUCAUGGCACAGGCGAUUGCUGCAGGCUGGCAUCACAAGACUGAUGCUCAACUCAAGGAGAUUGGUGACAAAGUGGGCCGAGAGCGUAUUUUGGUGCUGCACGGCACGAAGGACCGUAUGAUUACAUUCCCUCAUGCAGAGAUGUUGUUGAAUGGACUAGGCGGCGAGGAGAGCGGUGUUCGCAAGGCCUUCUUCGAAGGUCAGGGACAUGUGGUGCCCAUCGAGCUCAGACAGGAGUUCAACAAGCUGAUUGAGGAGAUGGUGGAGAAGGGCAAGACCUUGAACGCCAAAGCAUGA